UCCGUUGGUUAGCAGAACCCUAACCAUUCAGCAUAUGCCGGGGGGCUUCGUGGGCAGCCCAAUCUCACAGUAGGUAUCAGCCGCUCUUCUCCUUCCUCUCAUGGAGCUCCUCGUCACCCCCUCACCACCGUCUCCCCCUUGUCUGAGCGUAGACCCUGAGGAACGCAGAGCAGUUAACACCAACGCAGCUUCUGGGCACCGCUGCAGCAGCCUUCUCUCAUCGUCGUUCCUCGACGUUCUGGCUCCGCCGCCGUCGGCCUGGAAACCACGUUCGCGCGACGCAGCCCUUCGUCCCAGAUGGUCCGCGACCAUUUCCGCCAGCCUAUACGCCGGUGUAUCUGGCGAACCCUAGCGACGCCUUCUUUUCCCGAGGAUUGCACCACCUGCGUAGCCAUCGGGUUAUUCCUGAACCCCGCCCGGUGGAGUAAUUGUUCGGGCUCUGUUUUCCCAACCAACCCUCCAUUCCCCAACCGUUUCGCCAUUGUCAUCCGUCCAUUCAUCCCUCUCCGUCGCGAUGUAAAGCUCAUUCCUCUCGAUAGACUGUCUGAUGUUCGGGACCGCUCCGUUGUAAUGACUUCCACCCGCCUCUCUACUGGGCAGCAACCAGGUGACAGCCCUUUGCAGCCGUACGAUGAUCCCAUUCCGUCGCAGCUCCACACCGGUGGGACAUCCGCUGUGUCUUGUGCCCGAAAAAGCACAAAACAAACCCCUUUCGCGGGUCCGCUAGCGGGCAUUGAUGGUUCUCUCUUCUCAGCUGCAAGUUGUGGCUCUUCCUGCGGGGCAUACCGCCAUGAUUGCAGUCCCGUUGCAGAGACCGUCGUUAGUACGGUCUCCGGUAUGCGGUACGAUAUGAAAUUAUUGUCAGAGGUUGUUUCCCGCCAUGAAGCGGUUAUGGCGGAAAUCAGAGCUGCGAUCACUGACCUGGGUGGAUUGAAGUCCUUACUUCAGGUAACAUCAGCAUCGGAGAGGUGUUGUGGUUGGUGCAAGUGCAGCCGGUUGAGAAAUUUGUCGGAAAGCCAAGGAAGGCCAGUGAGAGGUCAGAAACCGGGGAACCGACAUGGAUCCGGUAAAAUGCACAAGGCUCGGCCCGAAACAAUCCGACCAGUGAUCGACACCAUGUUCAGUGUCGACCACAUUGUGGGUACCACGAGGAGAAACAAGUUCCGUAGGUUAUCACCCCUUCCAAGUCCAAAUGCCGCAUCUGCAAAGCGGUCAGCUGAAGUGGUGGAUUUGACCUCUGACACGGUCGCCGACUCGUACCCAUUGGGCCGGGAUUCCAAAGUCCAACGUUUGGUUUAUGGCGGAGCCGGAGGUCAUCCCCGCCUCGAGCAGCCGGCUAUUCCCGAUGAUGUGGUGAACUUAGGCAGUCUGCUGAGAAUGAAAGUUGAGCGAAUCCCGCAGAUAAUGAACCUUGUCUUCCGUCCUACUGACGCGAUGAAUCUUUCCAGACAUGAGUUGGCCGUCGCAACCUACAUCUUUAGUGAAGACCUUCCGAAGGGGGAGAUUCUGAUCGACGUCGGCGACUGUAUAUGUAGCAGGGGAGCGCUCCUUACCCUUGUUCCAAAAUGUGAGGUCGUGGAUGAUGUCCUGAAUGCUGUGGUUCGCAUGCUCACAACUUCUGCCGAGCGACACUGUUGGUUCCUACCCACAAGCCUUAUGCAAGCUGCAAUUGACGGUCGUUCCAUGACGUCCGGGAACAUCACCUCCAUACGUAACAAGUACAUGCGGAGCAAGGUGGAUCGUGUUAGCCGGAUUUAUCAGCCGAUGUGGUGUGACCAGCACUGGUACCUUAUGAUUAUCGACGUGCCGCGGAGGAAGUUGAUAUAUCUGGAUUCACUUCGCGACCCGAAUGAAGCCGAUGCAAGGAAAACAGGGAUGCUUCGAGUGGCACUGUAUCUCGAGGGAGUGACGUUAGGCAAGUCGUGGCUAUCGGCCGAGGGGGCACUGCGUCCUAGGUUUUCGGCGUUUGACUUUGAAGAGCCGGAUAUCCCUCAACAAGAGCGGAACUCGAUGGACUGCGGUGUAUGGGUCGCCCAAUGGAUGAUACGAGAACACUUAUGGAAAGAUUAUGGAGUACAGCAUGUGAAUAGUGCGAGGCGGAUGCGAUUGGCAGUCGAUUUAGUGCUGAAGUCACACAACGAAAUUGCACACGAGGUGGUCACAAAGGCGUUCGCACACUGGGAGACAAAGUCAACUUAGCAACGUAGACAUCGUGGUCGCCUCCGACCAUUUAUUAACACUUUCUCUAUGGCUGCAGCAGGGGUCCUUAUUUUUUGGAUCGGAGCCCUGAAUGUAUCAUGGAAAAAUUUAGUUCCAUUUUCCAUUUUGUUUUUUGUUUAUAUAGCCUGAGACAAAACUGCUGCAGUAUUGUGGUUCUGUAUAUAGCCUAAAAUUGUUGCCCAUUCGAAACCCCCAUGACUGUGCGAGGACUGUUACCCUUCUACACAGACCUAAGCAUUUUGUGGAUUGGAUGCAUUGGGAUAUUGUAUACACAAGUUUGUUUUUUAAUUUCAUGUGACGGACACCAUUGUACAUAAAAAUGAUCAGCGAUUGAAAGAAUAUUUUUC